CGUCAAUACACGAGAAGCCGGCAACAUGUGGUGGUGUGCAGUACUGUCUGUCUGUUGCGUGAGCCUAGCAAUGGCUCAACUGGGACUAAUAGACGAUUUUGAUCCAUAUUCAAAUCACGAAGCUUGUGGUCCGAACGAAUAUUUCGAAUAUUGUACACAUGAUUGCCCCCCAGAGAAGACCUGUGAAACCCGCAAAAUUGGAAUAAGUUGUCUGGAUGUUAUAACACCUUGUAUCCCAAAAUGUAUAUGUAAAGAGGGUUUUUAUAGAAAGAGUCCUGGCGGUGAAUGUAUUUCAGAAGAAGAAUGCGGACCGGCUUGUGGUGAAGGCGAGGAAUAUAAAGACUGCAGAAACCCUUGUGUGGAUGAGAGCUGUGAUGCAAUGGGGAGUCUGAUACCGAACUGUACAAUUCCUGAGCCCUGCGAACCAGGAUGCGCUUGCAAAGAAGGAUUCUACAAGCUGUACAAUUUUAUAUGUGUACCAAAAUGCUAUUGUCGUCAGUUGAGGGACACACCAGAAUGUAAAGAUUAAAUCAAAUGAAAUUUUUGUUGUGAUAAUGAUCUUAGGAAUUUAAUAAAAAUUUUGACCAC